AUGGAGAACUCUUCCUACACACAGACACCACCAGUUGUGGAUGCCCGGCUAAGACAGAAGCACUACUACAAUGUUGAUUCCGGAGACCAUGAUAUCCCUGAGAUCAACAAAGAUUUAAAUCUUCGAGAAGGGGACAUUUUAGAGACCAACCAGAGGAGUGCUGUUUUAGGAGAUAACUACCGAUGGGAGUCUCCUGUUCCCUAUGUACUGAAUGCGGACCUUGAUAUGAAUGCCAGAGGCAUUAUUCUGAGGGCCUUUGAACAGUUCAGAUUGAAAUCAUGUAUCGAUUUCAAGCCAAAAGAGAGUGAGGACUACUACAUCUCAGUUGAAAAGAAGAAUGGGUGUUACUCAUAUGUAGGGAAAAUAUUUAUUUAUGGCCAAGUUCUCUCCAUUGGUGCUUUUUGCGAUACCAUUGCUAUUGUUGAACACGAGUUUCUUCACGCUCUGGGUUUCUACCAUGAACAGUCCAGAUAUGACAGAGAUGAGUAUGUCACAAUUGUCUUGGAAAAUAUCUUGGCAGGAAGCGUUAGCAAUUUCAAUAAGUACACCAAGUAUGAAAUCACCACCCAGGAUACUCCAUAUGACUACACCUCUGUGAUGCACUAUGGGAAAGAUGCUUUCACCAAUGGAAAUGGACCCACCAUCAUCACAAAGCUGCCUGAGUUCCAGGAUGUGAUUGGUCAGCGACUGGAGAUGAGUUCCUAUGAUGUCUUUGAACUUAACAGACUCUAUAAAUGCAAUGCAGCCGUCUCAUUCCUGGACCACUGCAGUUUUGAUAGUGGGGGUCUGUGUGAGAUGAGUGUCUGUUCUCGCUCUGACCAUGGAUGGGAAAGAGUGACCAAUGCCGCUGGAGGUCCCCACUCUGAUCACACUUACAUAGGGGGUGAAAAUUCUGCUGCUCCUAUUUUCAUGAACAGAAUUUUUUUUCUGUGUUCUUCAUUCUCAGCCGGAUUCUUCAUGCACUCCAGCAUGGCAAAUGGUCGGGAAGGUGACACAGCAAAACUGGAGACCAGGACAAUGACACCAAGCAGAGACUGUAAAGUUCAGUGUCUGCAGUUCUUCUAUUUCCACAGUGGGAAUGAAUCUGACCAGCUCAACAUCUGGAUCAGAGAGUUUGACAAUGAAGCUGAUGCAAAUGGAACACGCAGACUAAUGAGCCAGAUCACAGGUACCCCGGCCAACUACUGGCAACUCCAUCAUGUUGCCCUUAAUGCUACAAAAACAUUUCAGGUUGAAUUUGAAUCACAUAAAGGAGCAGGAAGUUCCACUGGUGGUUUUUCUGUGGAUGAUAUUAACCUGUCAGAGACUGAGUGUCCACACAACACUUGGCAGAUAAGAAACUUUGAGGAGCUUUGGAAUUUGAAUUCUCCAGGUACUGACAUCUUUAGCCCAAGGUAUUACUCUCCUGAAGGCUAUGGCUAUCAGGUAUUGGUAAGGCUCCAACAGGAAUACUUUUCCAUCUAUGUGCGUCUGGUGUCUGGGGACUAUGAUGAUCAGCUGCAGUGGCCUUGUCCAUGGAGACAAGUGACCUUCUUACUUCUCGACCAGCAUCCUCACAUCCAACAACGUAUGUCACAUCAGAGGAGCAUCACCACGGACCCAACUUAUAUUGAUGGUGGUGGUUAUUUUUGGGACAACCCACGGAAUGUUGGAACUCCGAUAGUCGAGAACAAUGAGACGAUCUAUGUAAACAAUGGGUGGGGUUACCGAUAUUUCAUAUAUCAGAGGGACCUCAGUGACAGAGCAUUUGUUAAGGGUGGUGACAUCUUCUUCCUCUUCAGUAUGCAGGAUAUUUCCGGACUACUGCAAAAGGACUCUCUGCCUUGUCCCUCUGUGCCUGAGCAGAGCUUCACAAAGUCUUCAGAAGAACAAGCUGAUGAGGGUCCAUGUGUGAAACGGGUGGCCCACAGUGCCAUGUUUAAAUCCACAAUGAAAAUUUGUAAAACUUGUCUCUUUCUGCAGGAAUCCAACAACCACUACCCCACCUACGACAACAACGAAUCCAACAACGACUACCCCACCUACGACAACAAGGAAUCCAACAACCACUACCCCACCUACGACAACAAGGAAUCCAACAACCACUACCCCACCUACGACAACAAGGGAGACACCAUCUACGCCAAACCCUGGCAGGUUUACUUGCAGUUUGAAGUGUGGUCAUGGAUAGUGACUUUGUAA